AUGAGUCGACCCUCCAGCCGCAGCGGGAGGAGCGGGGAGAGGUCGCCCUUCGAGGGAUCCUGCUGUGGCUCCUCCUACGUGUCCUCGGAGUCCUCUUUGGAGAUCGCCAAGUACAGGGUGGUGUUGCUCGGGGAAUCCGGUGUUGGGAAGACCUCUCUCGUGUCGCAGUUUAUGACGUCAGAAUACAUCAACACCUAUGACGCUUCUCUCGAUGAAGAAUUCGGCGAGAAGAGCGUGUCGGUGCUGCUCGACGGCGACGAAAAUGAGGUCACCUUCAUAGACCAUCCGGCGCACGAGAUGUCGGGGGUAGUGUCUUUAGGCAGAGUUCAGUCUGGCGUCUUAUGUCUGAGAGUCUUUGUUUAUGUACAAAUCCUCAUGAUGCUGGCAAGUUUGUCAGUCUCGUUUGCAUGUCGGUCUGUUUACACUCAAAUCGAUAAGUCUGAAAGUCUGUCAAUCUUGUUUGCGUCUUCAGGUAUCUGCCACGCGGCGAUGUCACUGAUCUACUGUCUGCGUCUGAGUAAUGUCAUUGUACAGAUAUGCGAUAUAUAUGUUUUGCCAGGUAUACCUGAAGACCAGUAUACGGAUUUGACAGCACUACGUGUGUGGUCUAAUGGCCUUGCUUCCCCAGAGGCCAAGACGCUCGCUUCCUGCCACGACAGCAAGUUCAUUGAGACGUCGAGUGGGAUUCAGCACAACGUGGACGAGCUGCUAGUCGGCAUCGUCAAGCAGGUGCGGUUGCGACUCGCGGCCCAGAGGAAGCGCCUCAAGAAGAUGUCCUCCUCCAAGACGUCGCUGAGCCUCCACGCCGCCAAGGAGCUCCUCAGCAAGAUGUGUCUCCUCGACAACAAGUCCAAGUCGUGCGAGAACCUCCACGUCUUGUAG